CCCGGAAACGCUUCCUUCCUACGCAGCGGCUACAGUCGCAGCAGCAGCUGGAGCUUUGCCUCUCUAGGCCGGUAGGGCCUCUCCUCCAUGGUCCUGCUUGUCAGCACCGUUCCGGGGGCCAGUCGUUGAGGCUGGGCUGCGCUCGGAAGCUUCGAUCCUCGAGUCCGUCACCCGGCCCGGCGUGUGUCCUCUCAGGUGCCGGGGCGGCCCGGGGCCCAUGGCGCGGCGGUGGCGCUGACCCAGGCCCGGGCGGCGGCCGGGCCCCGCGGGCCGGCAUGGCGGGCCAGUUCCGCAGCUACGUGUGGGACCCGUUGCUGAUCCUGUCGCAGAUCGUCCUCAUGCAGACCGUGUAUUACGGCUCGCUGGGCCUGUGGCUGGCGCUGGUGGACGGGCUGGUGCGCAGCAGCCCCUCGCUGGACCAGAUGUUCGACGCCGAGAUCCUGGGCUUUUCCACCCCUCCAGGCCGGCUCUCCACGAUGUCCUUCGUCCUCAACGCCCUCACCUGAAAACGGGACCAAGUAUCUACUCCAUCCAUUAAUGAGGAAUAAGAAUCAGACUGAGCAAAACAUUUCUCGGAAGAUGAAAGCUGCAACGGGAUAAAAGCGGAGCAGGCUGGGAGCCAUGGUUAUAAGCACAGUCUCUGGAAGCAGCCUACUUGGGUUUGAAUUUCUGCUCCAUCACUUAGUUGCUGUAAGGCCUUGGACAAGUUCCUUCACCUCUCUAUAUCUCAGUUUCUGUAUCUGUAAAAUGGAAGUAAAAAUAGUAUUUACCUCACAGGAUUAUUAAGAGGAUUAAAAGAGUUAAUACAUGCAAAGCACUUAGAACAGUGACAGGCACAUAAUAAGCUCUGUAGAAGGUUAGAGCCUACUUCCUAUAAUUUCAGAAAUUCAUGGAAGAAAGCAGUUUCCUCCCUUUCUCAGAAUCGAUUACAGUCAAAACAACUAGUGUUUAUUGUUUACUGAGCAUCUCCAGAGUGCCCAAGUCCUGUACUAAGCAUUUUAUAUGAAUUAUCUCAUAGGAGGUGGGGAUUAAUUAUUCCUACCUAAUAGGCAAAGAAAUCAAGGAUCAGAGAAAUUGUUUACACAGCUGGCUAGACACCAGAGCUAGGUUUACCACCCAAGGAAUUCAGGUCCAAAGCCCACAUCCUUAACCUAUAAGAUAGAUAUUCUCUUACUUAAAAUUGCUAGGAGACCCCCAGGCCUGUGCUCCUAACCACUGCACUUUUUGCCUCCCACAAACUGGUUUCCUUGCUUGUAAAAUAAUGGGAAAGCUGCUUGCUGUACUUAUCUCACAGGAUUGUUUAGGGAUCUCAGUAAGAAUAGAAGAGGCAGAGCUUUAGGUAUUUGUACUGAGUGCUGGUCUCCUGACAGGGAAGCCUGAAUAUGUCUGGACUUUUCACACCUCUGUCCCUCUGUACAUGCCCUUCCCCCUCUUCUCUGCUUGUUGAACUCAUUUCUUUAAGACUCAGCUCAGAUAUCAGCACCCGGAUUUCAUUCUAACAAAGGAGGGAUUUAAGCAGGGGGUGGCACAUCGGACCUGCGUUUUUGAAAUGACUGCUGUGGGGUUCCAUGGUUAGCACUCUCGAUUCUACAGUGACGACUAACUGCUGUGGGGAUGGAGCGCCGCAGGACCAGAGUACAAGAAAACCAGAGAGAAGGUUUCCGUAGGAGCCACGGGAGAGAUGGUGGUGGAAACGGAGAGGAGCGGCGGAUUGGAAAGAUAUUUAGGAAAGAGAAUCGACAGUUAAUGGAGAUGUGUUUUAAUGUGGGCAUUGAAAGACAGGGAGAUGCCAAGGAUGACU